CCUUUCUUGUAAGCGGCUCCUCAUUGGCCAACCUGAAGCCCCCCUGUGUGAAGGAAGUAUCACCAGGGAAACUUCGUCUCGCCGCCUCUGUGCGUGUUUUCCUUUUUGCCAGGGUUAUUUUUAAAUAGCGUUCGGCUUCCUGCUCAGACUAAAGACUACAAGCCACAGCAUCCCUGUUUUGUUGUUUUCAGGAUUUUCCAGUUCACAAAUCAAGAAAAGCUGCAGCAAUGUUCUCCUCUUCUCCUCUCCCACAGUUACAUUGCAAGCUCUUUGCAAAAAUGGGGGACGAUCGACCUUUUGUGUGCAAUGCUCCUGGCUGUGGGCAGCGGUUUACCAAUGAGGACCACUUGGCUGUACACAAACACAAGCAUGAGAUGACACUGAAAUUUGGACCACCCAGGACCGACUCUGUCAUAAUUGCAGACCAGACACCUACUCCCACCCGCUUCCUAAAGAACUGCGAGGAGGUUGGUCUGUUCAACGAGCUGGCCAGCUCCUUCGAGCAAGACGAUGAUGAAAAGAGGGCCAAGAACUCUCUCCCUGCUGCCAACUCUGUGGCUUUGGACAUGAGCCUACAGACGCCAUCAGACAUGAAGGUGAAAGAGGAGGCACCUGUAGAGGUCGACUCCUCACCCCCAGGCAGCCCAGAAUCUAUCUCUGGACAGUCAGACAGCAGCACGGAGCUUCUGGUUAAAGGAAAGGACACCCCCCCCAGGAGUUCAGCCCCCACACCGACUAUUGUGCGUCCAGGCUCCCUCCCACUGCACUUGGGCUUUGAUGCCCUUCAGCCCACCAUGCCGUCACCGACGUCUGUCAUCACACAGGCACCACCCUCCAAUCGUACUCUGGGUUCGCCAACCAGCCAUUACCCCAUGAUGAUGCUUCCUUCUGGUCAGGCAGUGCCUUUGCUCCCUGGUCCCGUACAGAUUCCCUCUGUCAUUAAUCUGGCUCGACCCUUGUGCAUGGUACCCAACAUUCCUGGGAUCCCUGGUCCUCCUCUGGGAGGCAGCAGCAGCGGCUCUAACUCCCCCUCUGGCUACAGCAUCCACUCAGAGGCCAAGAUGCGUCUAAAGGCUGCGCUGUCCCAGCAGAGCCCAUCAGGACAGAGUAUGGGGGUCAUGGCUAUGGGCAGCAGCCCCAUGGUGCCUCAGAGGGCAGAGCAGAGCCAGCUGCUUGUCCAACAGCCAGAUGCUCCAUCACCUGCACAACCUCAGGUAUCUCCAGCACAGCCUACAGGUGGGCGUCGGCGGCGGACAGCAGACGAUGACCCAGAUGAGCGAAGGCAGCGUUUCCUUGAGAGGAAUCGGGCUGCGGCGUCGCGUUGCAGACAGAAACGCAAACUGUGGGUCAGUUCCCUAGAGAAGAAGGCCGAGGAGCUCAGCACCCUGAACGUCUCACUGUCGAAUGAAGUGUCUUUGUUGCGGAACGAGGUGGCUCAUUUGAAGCAGCUGCUGCUGGCCCACAAGGACUGUCCUGUUACCACCCUACAGAAGAAGACUGCCUACUUAGCUGCAGAGGAGAGCAUGAAAGACACCUCAGAGCCGACAGGUUCUCCUGCCCCGGUGAUCCAGCACAGCUCUUUGGCGCCCAGCCCCUCUGCAGGGCAGAAUGGCCUGAGCUCAAGGGCAGCAGCAGAGGCCAUGGCUAUGUCUGUGCUGGCAGGAAUGGGCCAGCAGCAGAGGGCUGAGAGUGGACCCUCUCACAUUAUCAUGGCUGCACAGUCUCAAUCUGCUGCCAGAUGAUGAGCAAUGCCACCACGGCCAAGACUUGGCUCACCACUGAGGGCAAAAAAGAGCAGCGGACACCCCCCUCCCUCCCAGUUUCCCCAGUCUAGAAGUCCAAAUAUCUCCUCCUCUGCUCCCCUGUUUCUCCUCUGCUCUCUCUGACCCUCCUGUGGAGCCAUCAUGCUGUGGCCUGGAGCUCAGCAGCAGCCUUCUGGGAAUGGACUGAGACUUUUGAGAGAGCUUCCUGUUACCUUUGCCAUAGACUACAGGGGCUGGACUCCCCCCCCACUCCCACCCGCCCAUUUCCCUCUAUCUCUCCUCACCCUCAGUCAAAAUGACUCUUCACUGGACUGUAGGACUGCAUCGCUCUGAGUGUACUGCCGUAAUGAACUUCCCACGUGGACACGUACCACACACGUGCACAGUUUGAAACACACGGGUGUUGCAUAAACAUUCUUGAUCAAAUCAGAUACCAAACAACAUACAGGACUUUACACUGUUUUCAGCAGGGAAUAGUGCCUUGUGCUCCUCAACUUUUCAGCCAUACACAAACCCUCAAAUACCGUCAUAGCAUAGGUCCCUACACACCCUCGGCUCCAAAGAUGCAGUAGUUGUCUAGACGUCAGUGACUUAGAUCUCAAAUAUUCACAUAAACCUUUUGUAAAUGGUUCCACCUCAAAGUGAUCUCAACAUGGACCCAAAACUUACCUCAUUUACACCCCUUUAUGAUAAAAUUUAUAAACUGUGUGUGUGAUUGGCUCUGUGUGUAUAUAUUUAUGUACAUCAGAACAUAGCAGUUUGCCUACUCCUGAUCUGAUACAUUAAUAUUUAGAUUGUUAGCAUGUGACUUUUUCUAUUAGGGUGUUAUGUUCUUGAUACAGUAUGUGCAGCUAUAUUUUUUUAAUUAAUUGGCACAUCCUCCAAGAUUAGUCCACAGAACCAAAAUACAUUGGAUUGUCCAAGACAGUGUAGUAUCCUAAAAUCAUUUUUUUUGAGCAAUAUUAUUUUCUAACCUGAAGGGAAUUUAACCUCUCCUCUCCUUCUCAACGUUUCCUCUAAAAGAGGCGGUUUUGGUGUUUAUUGGUUUGUAAGUGGAUGCCUUUUCCAUUUUAUCCGAAACUAUUCUAGUGACUAUGUUUCUCUGUAACUGUUGUUUUCACACUUCUCAGGAUGGUUGCACAUCCUUGCUGCUCAUUGGAAGUGCGAUGAACCCCUUAGUGUCUCUGCUUUUUACCAAACCUAAACUAAGCCAUAAUGACAACACAUCAGAUCUCUGAAUCUCCAAAGACCACCUGGUACUAGUUCUGGGGCAGGCAGUCAAUAGCCGGACUGUUAUUUUGUGAUUCAGAGGUCACAGUGACACAAUCUACAGUAUAUCACUGCUUGUUACUUGCACUUACACAGUCUCACACACAAUCUCUGGUAGUUUUGCCUUAAGAUCACAUUGGUGCCUCCGAUAUCCCCACUUAAAAACACGCAGAUUUGGUCGUGUGAAAAUUGAUGGAGCCUUAGAAAAAUAUAUUUGUCUUAAUUUGUUCAUUUCAUCAAGAAAAACAAUCAAUGAGGAACAAAAAGAUUUAAUAACUUGUUGAUGAUUCCUCCAGGCAUUUAAAAUGAAGAGUUAAAUUAACCAUUCGUCUCUCUUCGGUGACAUGAAAUGAUACAACACUUGUCUGUCAUCUGCUGGAGGGACACAGCAAAGACAACUUCACUCGUAGGAAAAGGUUCAGAUGUCUUGUGACUGUUUCUGAAUGGUUCCAGUUCCUCAUAAAUCCCACAAACAUAUUUUACCCAGAUAUCAGUAUAUUUUUACAUUAGCACCUAAACAAGCUUUUUUUUUUUUUGUCCCUGUAUAUUUUUGUCCCUCUUUUGUCUGAUCAUAUAUUUGCAAGAUGUGAUAUUUCAAAAACAAGAUAUCUGUCCAUUAACAUAAGGGCAUGUCUUUAUGCACUAAAAUAAUAAUGCAAGUUUAUUGUUGCUUUGUAUUUCUGUUCAUUUAAGUUUUUGCAGUUCUAUUGGUCUUUUUUUUUUAAAUGGUAUUUUUCUCUUAUUUGUACUGUAUACAUAAAUGGGAAUUUGCUCAGCAACCUUAAUACUUUUCACCUUUGACUGAACCUCUUGUCCUACAGUCCCAAUGGCGAGCCCGGCAUUUUGUUGUACUCUGUUGCUGGCGCUAUAUUUGGCUGGCAGUCCCUUAUAGACGAUUGUUCAUAUGAAAUGAAAAUUCAAACUAUAUUUAGCUUUCAUAUUUUCAUGUAAUUCAUGUCAUUGGCACCUUUUCUGUCAUUUCUUGUUUUCUUUUGUUGUGUGCUAUUUCAGCACUAUACAACUUUUGUCAUAACGCUUCUGAUUGUACUGAUGAAUAUAGAAACAAAUUUCUUUUAACACACGGAUUUCUUUUUUCGUUUGUUUGUUUGCUCUACAGAAAAAUUUCAUUAGUCCUUUUUCAAAAAGAGAUUUUAUCCCUUUUGUCAUAUCUUUUAAGAAGAAUUUGGUUGCGUCUUCCGAUGGUCCUUGUCUAACUUAUUUUUACUUAAUUGGUUAAAUAACAAUCAUCAUCACAGUCUUUGGCAUAUUAAUGUUCCCUAGAAUUGUUAUGAGAAGAGCAAUUUGAUGAAAAAUGCAACAAUGUGAAAGUUGCACAUAGUGUUUUAAUGGUUUUUCACACUCCCAUUGUUGGACUGAUGAUUUCAAAAUUGUCCUUGUACUGUACAUAUCUGUACUAUAUGAAUAUAUUUACUUUUCCAUGCAUGUCCAAGUGGAAUACUAUGAACACUUACAGUGCUGCAGUUUUAAUUAAAGAAACUACAUCUUAAUGAGUAUUAAAUGGUUUUGUUUAAAUUUCA